GUGGUCUGUGACAGCUGUUAGAAUAGUGCUGUACCCGUGUACAAGAAGCUGCAACUUUUGCUAAAAGUAAAAUUAAGAAAUCUAUAUAGUUCCAAGACAUAGACAAGUAUAAAUUGAAGGCCUGAAGAAUUGUGAGUUCUAAGUGUAAAGAAAAUUCCAAAUACAGAGGCAAAUGGGGAUGCAACUGUUUAGACACUGAUGUAGCACGUCAGCAAAAGAUUGAAAUAAUUUCCAAUGGUUUUUGCUGAUUGAUAGACAUGGAAGGUGGAGUUGAAAUUUAUCUGUAUACCUAUACAACUCCCUUAUUGCUCCCAGGAGAUAAAAUCUAUAUUGCUGAGGAUUUGUGUAUAUAUGCUGCUAAGGCUUGCCACAUUGGGCCUGUGGGAAGGCAUCUGUUCAGCUUGUGGUGUCCACAGGAAGCAGUGUGGUUAAGUUUGUCAAAAAGAAUUGACAGUUCAAAAGGAAAAAAAUGGAAAUUACAUUUCAGAAUACGAUUCAAGCCACCAUCCAUCAAGCAGUUAAAGACGUUCACAGAUGAAAAUACCUUCAACUAUUACUUCCAUCAGAUGAGGAGUGAUUUUCUAUCUGGGAAAAUACCAGAAGUGCUGAAGAAAAAUUUUUUUGAGAAAGCCCUUGGUUUGGCUGUUACAGACAUGGUAAGGGAUCUGCUUGUGCAAAAGCUGCAACCUCAAGAUAAGAAAAUAAAUUAUUGUGAGUUUUUGCCACAAGACCUUAGGAAAAACAAGUUCUGGAUAAGCAGACCAGUACAUAAAGCUUUGCUGCAGUGUUGGCAGAACAGCAAACAAAAUGUUGAUUUUGUAAAGGAAGAGUAUAUGCAACAACUUUAUGAACUUGUUCCUAACUAUGGAUAUGAAGUAUUUAAAGCACAAGUAGAUGAGGAAGGAAAAGUAUGGAUGGUAAACUUGCAGGUGGAUCCUUAUUGCAGUGAACAACCAGGUCUGAGCAUGUACAUUGAUGGUAGUAAAAAUACUAAAAGACAUAUUUGCACAAUUGAAGACUUGUGUUUUAUAAGCAUGAGAAAUGAUGGCACUGUUGAAAUCAAUAGAAGAAAUGGUAUACCUCAGCAUUUUAGAUUUAAUGGGGUAGAUGUUAUGCAUUCUUUUAUUUCCUUACUGGAUGGUUACUACCGGCUGAUUGAGAAGUGGACAUUCAACCUGUGCAAGGAACUAGCAACUCCAUCUCUUCUUAGUCUGAAGUCCAUGAAAGCUCAUGGACCUGUUGGCUCAUUAUUUGCUUACCAGAAACUGAAAGAGAAACGAAACUGUGAAGUGGGUAGUUUUAUCCUUCGUCAGAGUACAUCUUGUUAUGGGGAAUUCAGAUUAGAUGUUUGCUGUUCUCAAAAUGUGAAUGAAACUGAAGGAAGGCCUGAAACUUUUCAAAUAAAAAUUUAUGAUGAAAACUACUAUAUAAAUAAUUUAAGUGAUGUGAAGGAGUCUUUUCCUACAAUUCCUCAGCUGAUUGCACAUUACAGCCAGAAUAAUAGUAAUUUACAGUUGAAAUAUUGCAUUCCUCCUUCUGAAUAUGAUAAGACACAUCUGCUUUUAUGUCGCCCUGAAUGUAGUAGCAAUCCAAAUAUGACCAUUAGAGGAGAGUGUAAUUGUUCAGCACAAUGUAUACCUCAUGAUGCUCUGAUACUGUCCCUGCACAAAGAAUAUGAACAUCCUGGUCAGUACACAGUUGUGUAUCAUGCACGCCUGAGAAGAAGUGAAGGAGAAUACAGAGAAGUUGCAGUUAAAACACUGAAAAAACAUUGUAUGAGAGACUAUAUGCAGGAGUUUCUGGUUCAGUGUGACAAAACACUGUUCUGGCAAAGUGAAGCCAUUGUUUCUACUGUUGGGGUUUCUCUUGCACAUCCUCUAUCCUUGGUAAUGGAGUACCUUCCUCUUGGUCCACUUGACAAGUAUCUUCAAUCAUCAAAAUCAACUUUAAAACAAGUAGACUUAGUAGAAGCUACUAUUCAUGUAGCCAAAGCAUUGUGGUACUUGGAGGAACAUAAAUGUAUACAUGGAAAGAUUAGGUGCAGAAAUGUACUGGUAGUAUCACACACAGAAAAUUCCUUCAGAGUAAAACUUGCUGAUCCUGGAAUAUAUUCUUAUUCAUUAUCUGACAUACACUGGAUUCCACCAGAGUACUAUGCAAAAUUUACUCUUGUCAGUAAAUCUUCCGCAGCUGAUGUGUGGGCAUUUGGGACAACUGUAUGGGAAAUUUUUUCAUAUGGACAAAAACCUCUUGAUGGUACAAACCCCUCUGAGGCAAAAGAUUUGUACCAGAAGGGUGUUCAUUUGCCAUGUCCUCUUGGUUGCCAUGCCGAUAUAUAUAAACUGAUGCUAGAAUGUUGGUCUAGAGAUCCAGAUAUACGCAAGCAACCACAAGCAAUCGUGCGAGACAUCUAUCAAACAUUGUAUGAAGUAUAUAACUCCAGAAGAAACCAUUCUUAUGCCACUGUUGACCCUCAACCUACAUUAUCACAACCACCUGAGGAAGUUUUUCCACCAUCUCUUCCUGACCCUCCACCAUCAUUAGUUCAGCAAGGAAAAGGGAAUGGAAAAAAAAAUUGGAAAGGAGCUUUUGGAAUAGUCACCAAUAACAGUUACAAUCAACUUUCCUUGUAUAGUGGCUCUAGUGAGAAAUCAACAGCUACCUGUCUUUCUCAUGUAGAAAACACCAGUGGUGGGCCAACUAACUCAGUAGACAGUUUGAUUCAUAUAGAUAAUAGCCAUGAAAUGCCCGCAGAUGAAUGUCCAACACCUAGUAUUGACACAUCACCUAAUAGUUUGUGGAGAAUUGAAGAAGACAAUCUGAAAAUGGAUCAGACACUGGGGAAGGGGUUUUAUGGAGAAGUAUGUAAGGCUCUAUUGACUCAGUGUGAGGGACUUAGGAAGGAGUUAGUUGCUGUCAAACGGAUUAAAAGGAGUAACUUGACCGACUGUGCUUUAAAAGAUUUUUGCAGAGAAACCGAAAUAAUGAAGAAUCUUCAGCAUAAAAAUAUUGUAGAAAUCAAGGGAGUAGUUGAAGAGCCAGAAAUGAUGCUAGUGAUGGAGUUCGUUGAGAAAGGCUCUCUCUUGGCAUAUCUAAACAUGUACAAAGACCACUUGACACAUCAGCAGCUACUGAAAUUUGCAUCAGAUGUGGCUGAGGGAAUGGAAUAUCUUGAACAGAAGAAAAUUGUUCACAGAGAUCUGGCUGCAAGAAAUAUUUUAGUUGCCUCAAAAGAUCUAGUUAAGAUAAGUGAUUUUGGUUUGGCACAGUUUACAGAAGGAUAUUAUUAUUGGAUGAAGACAGAAAGAAAUCUACCAAUACGUUGGUAUUCUCCAGAGAGUAUCAAUCUUGGAAAAUUUUCUCACAAGUCUGAUGUGUGGAGUUUUGGUGUCACUCUUUGGGAAAUGUUUUCUUUUGGGGAAAAUCCGCAGAUUGAUGGUGUGAAAGAUAAUGAGCUAGCGGAAGCUUUAAACCAAGGAAAAAGACUUUGUUGUCCAAAAAAUUGUCCAGUGUAUGUAUAUCAGCUAAUGUUGUCCUGUUGGCAGGGAGAAUCACAAGAACGGCCAAAUUUUUCAAAUAUUCGCAAUCAAAUAGAAGACCUUAAAGAACAACUGUGAGAUCUUGACAUUAUAGCUCAUCUGUCAAAUAUAUGGUCACAGAAUAUACAGUUGAUCACUAGCAGUAUUUAAAAAUGUGAUUUGAACAUUGUAACUGUUUUCUGAGUUUUUGUCCAAUGCUUGAUUUUCAAGGUUGUUACAUAAUAUAUGCUUAGUACAAUUUAUGUCUGUCUGUUGGAAAUAAUAACUGUUAAACUGGAUGAAUUAAAGGUUUGUUUCAUAUGCUAUUAUUUUUCUAAUUUGCUCAUACAUUAUGCAGUGUGUUGUAACAUAGUUUAUUUUUAAGGUUAUUACUAUUAUUAAUGUGUUUGCACUCUAUAUGAUAGUUUCUAAAAUGUAAUUACAGACUGAAGUAACAGUAUUCAAACAUUGAAUAUAUAGCAAUCACAAUAAACAAUUUAAUAAAUAGUAAUUACAGAAGUUUGGUGAGAAUCUUCAAACUGAAAGUAAUGAAUGAGGCAUAAUUUCUUAGUUUUCCUACAUUUGUUGUUUUAUGUUGCAAAUAAAUCCUUGAAACAAUUAUGAAGUCAAUUUUGGAAGUAAUAAAUGAUUAUUAAAUUCUAUAACAAAAUAACUGAAAUUGUAUAAAAAAAUUCAGAAGCUCACUAGUGAUCUUGAAAUGGUUUGUCUCAGUUUCAGAGCUUCAAAAAAUCAGUCUCUUGGAUAAAACGCUUUACAGAAGCUUUGGUACAAUAUUUACUUUAGCUCGAACCUGUGCUUUAGCUAUACCUUAAUACCCUUUGUGUAUUUUUGGUUACCUUAUACCAUAAUGUUUUAAAAAAUUUUCAAUAUUAAUAUUAUUGGUGUAAUUACUAUUUUAAAUUUCUAUUCUUUGUCAGUCAGGUUAUAUCCUCUAUCACUCUUAUAAAAAAGGUUUUUAAUUUUUUUAACAACAUAAUAUCAAGUAAAUUCUUGACUACAAGGACCAACAACUUGAGAUGUUAAACAGGUGGUUCCUAAAACGUUUGUGCAUCUUUAAGGCAGUAGAAACUCAACAUUUGUUUAGAUAUUAAUGGAAGAGAUAUAACCUGGUUGUAUAAUUCUUGUUGAAUAUCAACUUUAAAUUAUAUUAUGUAUCAGAAAAAAUAAAAUUCAAUAAAGAUUGCAAUAAUUAGUUUGUGUCACUGAA